CAAGAAACCACAUAAAGACGUUAAGCUUUUAGAAGAAGAAAAAUAAUCAUGUCUCCACCCUUCUCUACACAACCAGAACCAACUAUUUACUAUGGAUUGUCUACAAAAUAUCAAGAUCAAUAUGAAUACCUUCAAAAUAUGAAGAAGUAUAAUCUAGAGAAGCAAUGCCCGAAACUCAAGGCCAAUGAUCUCUUAAAUUUUCAUAUCAAUGUUCUUUCCCGUUCUGAUGAUUCUAAUUCGGUUACGCACCUUAACACAUUACUCCACAAUUAUCAAGAAGUGAGUAGCAAAAGAUUCUCACAAGAAGGUGAAGAUUGGAUUCAAUCUAUCUUGUUUCAUCUGGAAAUUUCAUCUAAAUCAGUUGAGGGACUAGCAAAGAGAAUUGUGCAUGAAGUUCAUGAAUUGUUCGAUUUCAAUCAAGUGAUUGAUUCUGAUCUUGCUAAUGGAGUUGGAGAUUGUGUUUCUCAUCGAUUCACUUUGCAUUUAAGAAUUGUCAUUGAAAAUAAUUAGAUAUAUAGAAGAUAUUAUUUGCGGAUUAAAAUAUAAUAUUAUCUACUUUAUGUUGUUUAUUUUCUUAAAUGCAAAAUUUUAGUUAAUAUUAAUAUCUUGGACCUUAUGAUUCUCAUUG